AUGAAAUUGAAAUUGCUGCUUACAUUAGGACCUUCAUGUACAAUACCGGGGAUCUGCAGCUCUCACACAUUCUAUCAUUCCGUGUCAAAAAUGGCCACAGCAGUCCAGAACCCUCCGAAAUCGCAGUCGAGUGGAACAGUCAUAAAGAACAGCCUGGGUGAGGAGUUUUAUCGUGAGGCGAUUGAACAUUGUCGAAGCUACAACGCUCGUCUGUGUGCUGAGCGCUCCAUGCGUCUGCCCUUCCUGGACUCACAGACUGGCGUGGCACAGAGCAACUGUUACAUAUGGAUGGAGAAGAACCACCGAGGCCCGGGUGUGUCUCCAGGGCAGCUGUACACGUAUCCAGCUCGCUGCUGGCGUAAGAAAAAACGGUUAAACAUCCUGGACGAUCCACGUCUGGGACCCAUCGAGUUUAAGAUAGACUACGAGUCUGCCCUGAAGAAGGAGGGAGGUGUUCCUGAGGGUCCCGUCCUUGAGUCUCUGCUCAGUGGAGAGCCUUUAGAUAAGAAAGUGGAGACGAAGGAGGAGGAGGCCAUGAGCGAGUGUCAGAAGCUGCUGGUGGGAGACUUUCCGCAUGAGCUGGACGUGGAAGAAAUGGAGGAGGACAUGCCUAAGCGCAAGAACCGCACCAAAGCACGGGCUUGUGGUGUAGGAGGAAUGAGGAAGAGACAGGAACCGGCCUCCAUAGAGGACAGAGACAAGCCAUAUGUCUGUGACAUCUGCGGUAAACGCUACAAGAACCGCCCGGGUUUGAGUUACCACUACACUCACACACACCUGGCAGAUGAAGAGGGUGAAGAAGACUCGGAGCGCCACACGCUACCCUUUCAACGCAAGAACAACCACAAGCCCAAAAAAGCAGCAGAUGGCUCGGUCAUCCCCAACGGCUACUGUGACUUCUGCCUCGGAGGCUCGAAGAAGACGGGUUGCCCAGAGGAUCUAAUCUCCUGCGCAGACUGCGGACGAUCGGGACACCCGUCCUGCCUGCAGUUCACAGUCAACAUGACGGCAGCCGUGAGGACGUACCGCUGGCAGUGCAUCGAGUGCAAGUCCUGCAGCCUGUGUGGCACCUCCGAGAAUGACGAUCAGCUUUUAUUCUGUGAUGAUUGUGAUCGAGGAUAUCACAUGUACUGUCUAAGUCCACCGAUGGCAGAACCACCAGAGGGGAGCUGGAGUUGUCACCUGUGUCUGCGGCAGCUGAAGGAAAAAGCCUCUGCUUACAUCAUGCUGAAUUAAUCUUCAUCGUUAGGUCGGGUUGCAGCCGUCCGGCCUCUGCCUCCACAGCCUCCUCAUGACAAACCGACACGGCAGAUUGAAAAAGACGGUCAAUUCGCAUUGAAAGAAAAAUACCAUACGCUGCACCAGUCCUGCAGGGAAUUAGCAACCAUCCACUUCAUGGAGAGAACAGGUUCCUCCUUCAUUUCUGGUGCACAGCAGACGUGCCUGCUCUUUAUUCAGCCCUGAACACACUCUCCCACGUCUCCCUAAUCAUUGUCUCCAGCUAUAAGACUAGGGAGGGAUUUCUAUUGAUGCACACGUUUAUUUGGCGCUGCUUAGUUGAGAGGCGCCAAGCGCCUCAUCACUGAAGAGUCAGUUUUAACGUGUGGCUCAAGAGGGCACUUGAAUGGCAAGAGACUCUGAGUGUUCUCGUUGGAAAAACACAUUGACUGCUGAUGAGGAAAACGCCACGAGAUCUCCCGGUUUCCAUAGUGGCUUUUGGAUCACGAAGCACCGCUAAUACUCUUUUUCAGCUAUGGUGCCGCCCACUCUCUGCAGCCCACUGUGAGAGGUAGACACCAGCAGGCUACAGGACCGUACCCAAACACCAGGACUAGAAAGAGAAGAGCUCAUUACAGCUCCAGAGAGAGAAAUGAAUCAAUGUAUUAUUCAGCUCCUUCUGAGGUGGAGCUCAACACAUCACCCCCAGAUCCAAUGUUGAUCAGAAGAAAUCUGAUGGCCUGCAGUCUUAAGAGACUUGGAUUUGGAUUUACCUGAGAAUACCUGUUUUUAACACACAAACUUUGGUGUUGCGAGAUGUUGUGAACGGAUUCCCUUUAAGCUCAAGGAGGUCUGAGGUGCAUGUCGUUCAGCUCGGGUGGUACUUUACGUCAAAAAAGAUCAAACUUUCUGCUGUCAUUAUCCUAAACCCCAAUACCCCCCCUCCAGACACACACACACACACACACCCCUGCUUUUAUUUCCUUCUGAAAAAGCCAAUAUAAGAUAUUCUCUCUGUGUGUUUGUCAGGGUGUAUAGUAAUGAAUUAUGUCCAGCCUUGUUUUAAAAACAGGGCCUUAAUGUUUGUUCUUUUUUAUAUUAUUACUUUGGAUGCAUGUUGUGAUACUGUUUUAAAAAUUAACCUUUUAACGGGCGGGAAAAAAAACCUACGAAAGCACACUUAAUUUGCAAUAAUGUGUUUGUGACCCUCUCGGGGGACGUUGCGUCUGUGUGUAUGUACGUGUGACACUUUUUGUGGAACCGUGAAUCUAGGCAUCGUAUUGGAAAGGCGCAGGGUUUUGGAGCUCGAGCUUAUCCAUGAAGGCACCGUAUUUCCUUUCACUUCUUUUUUCCCCUUUUUACUAUUUUCUGGACAAACCGAAAGCCAGUUCCGAGACAAACUGUAGCGCCUCGUUUUUGUACAAUGAGCUCUUUCCUAUCUGUGAGUCUGCUUUGUGUUCUGGGACUUUGUAAUUGCAGUGUGCUUUAAAAAAAAAGUAAAUAACUCCAGUAGAGUGUUACUGGGAUGCCAGCAUGUAUAUGUGACUUUGUGCUGAGGCGAUUUUGAACCCAAAGUCCCGUCCAUCUGUGGCCUACCUGAAAGAACUGUCUGCUUUUUUUUUGUUUCAGCCCACAAGCUUUAAGUUGGGAGACACUUGCUGUAAAUAAAUUUUUGCUCUCUUAUUUUCGAAUGGAACGUACUUGCCAUAUGACUCCUGGAAAAUGUUAUGACUUCAUUAAAAAUGUGAAAACUAAGCUUCCUGGAUUAUAAAAUCUGUCGGGUCAUUUCUAUUUUUGUAUUUUCCAGAACUGUGGUUCGAGCCAUUAGAUGGUCAUUGCUUACUAUGAAGAGUAGAAGUGUUUCAUGUUUAUCCAGAAGGCUGAGCUUUUCUCCAUCAGUAUGGUUACUUUUCCCGACCCUUUUUUUUUAGUACUGCAAUCUUUUGAGUACUUGAGUACUUUUGUGCACUUGUUUAAAUAUUUUGCACUGAGUGUGACUCUUUUCGACUUGAUGACAAAAGCAAUGAAAAUACAGCCAAACCUGCAUGUUGUGAUGCCUUAGUUUACAGCAGAAUUACAGACAGAAUGUAGUUUUUCUUUCCCUUUCACACAUUACACAAAACACUCUAAGGCCACAUCCACAUGUGUACAGAUGUUUUUGAAAACCUGUUUCAUUUUCUGAGUUCACACAAAAAAAAAGGUCACUGCCUUUAUAUAUAUAUAUAUAU